CAUUAGAAUUAAGUGAACAAACACAACAAAGAAAAUGAGUAUGAGGGCAGUUUUAUUCGUGAGCUUUGUGAUUAGCCUUAUCUUCUAUGUCGCGAAUGCUGAUACCGGGUUUGCUGUUUAUCAUAAUCACCGUACUCCCUCGGCAUGUUACGGAAGCCAGGACAAUGGACCAUGGAUAACAGGAGUAAGUAAUGGUCAUUGGAAAAAUAGAGGAGCAUGUGGAAGGUAUUUCAAGGUUACUUGCAUAGGAGGAGCAAAUCUAGCUCCUCACCCUUGCAAACGAGGCAGUGUUACUGUAAAAGUUACUGACUUGUGCUCUAGUUGUGCUGGUGAUCUUAAUCUUUCUCAAGAGGCUUUCAUUGCAAUUGCUGAUCUUAGAGCUGGCAAAGUUCGUGUUCGAUACGACCCACUAUGAUUAGAAGUUUAUAUUGCUUAUCAAAGGCGGAAGGCUAUACCGAGAUUAUCAUACAAAUAUAUCAUAUGCAAAAAUUAUGAUGGUUAAAAAUAAUGUAAUGCAGAAGCUUAAUAUAAAGAGCAUGCUAUAUUGAUAAUGAUUGAAGUGUGUUAAUGUCAAUCAAAUUAUAAACCGUUUUUACACUUCAAAUUCGUAUAUUAUGUAUGAUGACAAAUUUAUAAAAAGAAAAAUGUUUGUAA